GGUGAGUUGGAACCGUAAUGGCCCCCUCGGCUGCCAGUCAACAAUAGCUGUCCGAUGGCGAAUGGAUUUUGCUAGUGUGUAUUUGUGCGAUAUUCGUUCGUUUGGGAAACCUCUCGAACUGACAGCUUUCGCCACCGACCACGGCAGCUAGACAGGCUGGCUAUGGCCGUUAAUGAUAACGCGAAACCCUUCUGCGGAACACAUUAGCAGAGCAGCACACUCACGCACAAACACGUACACACAAGCCAAUCUCGCCAAGAACCAAUAAUUAACAACGCAAACAGAAGAACCACGAAAUGUCAGCCUACAUGACCAAAGAAAAAAUAGCACUUCUGGCAACAGCCUGCAGUAAUGCCAGCAGUACCACCACCACCACCAGAUCCCCGAAGGUUGGCUCAAUUACGCUCAAUCAUAAAAGGAAAUUCCAAGAACUAGAGCGACGACGAUCCGGGUCCGGGACAUCGACGAAGGUGGCCAUACCAGUGACGAGCCGGGCUUGGACACUCGGCCGGUGGACAUCCACCGCAAUGGGGAGCAGCUUCUUGAUGCCACGGUUGCUGCUGCUGGCUACCCUGCUGAUAGUAACCCACAAGGUGCAGGCCAUCGACGGGAAGCUGCAGCUGUGCGAGGUGGAAACCGGCCAGACGAACAUCAUUCUCGAUAUCGAGGAGAGCCGGGGCAAUUCCAUUGGCCAGCGCACAACGCCCCCUGAGCUUCCGAUCUACGGCGAUCCGGAAGAGGACAUUGCACUGGAUCUGAUCUUCCCCAAGGGCAAUCCGACGUUCGUACUGAACGGCAAAUCCCUGCAACUGAUUCACCCACUGGACCGAGACGAAGAGAAUCUCAGUCACAUUGUCUUCCAGAUAACAUGCACGAUCCGAUCAACGCGUCGCAAGCGCAACAUACCGAUCAUCGUGCGAGUGUCGGAUGUGAACGAUAAUCCGCCGAUGUUUAUCAACACGCCGUACGAGACUACUGUGCCCGAGUCCACCCCGGUUGGCACGACCAUCUUUCGCAGCAUUCAGGCCCAGGACAAGGACGCCGGUGUCAACGGCCUGGUCGAGUACUUCGUCGUCGAGGGCUCACAGCAAAACAUCUCGGAUAUUUCACCAAACACGCUGACGGCGGCCGACGGGUACGGAGUGUUCGCGAUUGCAUAUCCGCACCAGGGACAGGUUACCGUCAUCAAAACCUUGGAUUACGAGCGCAUUCAGCGAUACUACCUGACCAUCGUCGCAUCGGAUCGUGCCCGCAAUGCGUCUGAGCGACUAACGGCGACAACAACACUAACCAUCGAUAUUGCCGACUCGGACGACCAGGAUCCGUCCUUCAUCUACCGAGGAUGUGUGCUGCUGGACGGUGCCUGUCUUAAUCCCGAGUACGUCGCUUCCGUUCCGGCAGGAACACUGCAGGGAGUGCUAACGGUGACCCCCGAAAGGAUUCAGGCGGUAGAUCUUGACACUAUCAGCUCACCUAUCCGGUACUCAUUUCUUAGUGGGAUUCCCGGCAAUUAUGGGGACUACUUUGAAAUUGAUUCCCAAACGGGGGUAUUGAAACAAACCAAGCUGGUGGAUUCUUCGGUUGCGGCGAAAAAAUUUGAUAUUAUUGUUAAAGCCGAGGAAGUAUCGGAAAUGAAACGAUUUACAACGGCCAAGCUAACGAUUCACGUGAAACCAGUGGAUGCUUACUCGCCGGUAAUUAGUGUGACCUCCGCGGAAGGUUUUGUCGACGAGAAUUCACCAAUCGGAACGAUCGUGACUGACGCGAAGGGUAAUCCGAUUCGACUGACCACGACCGAUGCCGAUCUUGGAUCGGAUGACGAACCAGUUGAAUAUAUUUACGAAGUGACGACCCCCUCUUUUGUAGUUUCCAGAAAGGGAAUACUACAUGUGAAUGAAGAGGGACUCGAUAGGGAUCCGCCUAGUCCCGGAAAAUAUCGUUUUCAGGUGGUGGCUAGAGAGUCAAACGGCAAUGCGGCUAGCGCACCGAUGAGUUUGACAGUUCACUUGAACGAUGUUAACGAUAAUACCCCCAAAUUGGCUAUGGUUGCACCCGUGAGUCUAACCGCGGGUGAUGGACGUCGAUUGGUAACCAAGGUCAUGGCAACUGACAAUGAUUCCGGAGUGAAUGCGGUUGUUACCUAUUCUCUGUUCCAUGUAUCAAACAACGGCGCCAAUAAGUUUGCGAUCGAUCCGCGGACUGGUGAGAUCGAAACGAGAGCACGCCUAAAUGCCGGUGAACAGUACAGUCUAACGGUACAAGCAUCCGACAUCGGGGGACUGUCAUCGCAAGCAAUUGUGGAGGUGUCCAUCACGCCAGGACCUAACACCAAACCUCCGAGAUUCGUUAAACCGGUUUAUGAUGUGCAGGUUAGUGAAGGUGCCGAAAUCAAUUCAACCGUGAUAGUGGUGAAAGCGGAAGACCCUGAAAAUGAUCCAGUCAAGUACGCGAUCACUACCGGCAAUGAUCUGCGACAGUUCUCGAUCGGAAAAGAAAACGGCGUCAUCAGCGUAAUUAGGAAAUUAGACAGAGAGGAUCUAACGAGGUACCAGCUAAUAAUUCGGGCAGAAGAUAGUGGAGGUCUAGCGAGCAGUGCAACUGUUAAUAUCAAAGUUACUGAUAUCAAUGAUAAAAACCCUGAGUUCGAUGAAAGCAUGCUGCCUUAUGUAUUCUACGUUGACGAAGGCAAGGAUAAUGCCGUGAUAGGUGUCGUUCGUGCGACUGAUGCUGAUGAGGGUAUGAAUGCGGAAAUUACCUACACAAUCCCGUCGGAUGUCCCAUUCAAGAUCAAUUCCCGAACGGGUGAGAUAAGAACAAAAACGUCCUUGGAUUACGAGAAACAGAGGGAGUAUAAGUUCGUAGUCACUGCUCAAGAUGGAGCUCCAGAACCUCGACUUGGUACGGCUAGCGUUACUGUUAAAGUUCGUGACAUUCCAGAUGAGGUUCCAAGAUUUAUGGAAUCCAUGAUCGAGGUGAAAAUUCCUGAAAACGUACCCGAUAUGGUUGUAGCUACUGUACGCGCAUUCGAUCCGGAUACGAAACCAGAGGUUACUUACGCGCUUAAACGAGGGCCAGGUGAUUUGUUCAAGAUUGACGCCAAGACUGGAUUAAUAAAAACCAUCCGAGGUUUGGACUACGAGAAAGACAAAAUCCACGAGCUCAUUAUAGGGACGCUGGAAAACAAUGGAACAAAUCCGGGAGAUUAUAUCAAAAUAAUGGUAGAGGUAGAAGAUCGCAAUGAUAUCCCACCGGUAUUCGUAACGAUUCCGGAACCUAUCAACAUCAACGAUGAUUUGCCAAUUGGUACGAUCGUCGGGUCCAUGCCGGCGGUCGAUGGUGACGGUUCUUCCCCUGGUAACGUUGUACGAUAUGAAAUGGUGGGUCGGGGAAAGGCACUGAAAUACUUCCAAGUUGAUCCGGACUCCGGAAUCGUUCGCAUUCGUGACGAACUGCAUAAGGAAGAGGAUGCGGAAUAUUUGGUAGAUGUACGAGCUUACGAUAUGGGAGAACCUCAGCUAAGCUCGGUUGCUACCUUGCCCAUCUAUGUGAGUCAUAUUCCGGCGAAUCCGAAUGGAGAUUCUGCCGAAUCGCGAGUUGAUGCUGGCGGUAUAGUAAAUUUGGAAGUACAAGGGCUUGCCUUUAGUGACGAUAGCUACACUACAAGCGUGCCCGAAUCUACAGGAAUCAACGCGACAAUCAAGUUGAUCCAAAUUAUCAAUUCUAAAAAGGCGACUAAGCAGAACGGAGGAUUCAAAUGUGAGAUCAUCAAGGGAAAUGAUUUCAAUUUGUUCCGCAUAACGGUAGAAGAUCACGCCUGUGGAUUGGUUUUGAACGGUCCGUUAGACUACGAAACCACCGGAACACACAAUCUUGAGGUUCGCCUAAUAUCGAACAAGUAUUUCGUGAACCAACACAAAAACUUUGCUCAAGUAAAGGUUAUAGUGCAAGACGACAAUGAUAAUGUUCCGCGAUUCCAGUUUCCAAUCAGUUUCCAGCAGGGAGUACGCAACGAUUCGUACUACGCCGUAAUUAAUGCUGAUGCAGAUAUCGAUACACCACUGAUCACAGUAAAAGCGACCGAUAAGGAUGCUGGAAUGUUUGGACAGAUCAAGUACCACAUCUAUGACGAAAAAGUAAACGAAAUACCGGACGAUGACUCACCGAGUUCGUAUUUCAACGUCAACGAGGACAACGGAAUGAUUAAGACACAAAAGAGUCUGCAAGCUGUGAGACAACGCCCGCUUGUAUUUCUUGUAGAGGCGAGAGACAACAAUGGCGAUCAACUGGCUGGAAUAGUACACAAAGCGAAGGCCAGAGUUGUGGUAAAUACGAUCGCUGACAUCAACCGGAUGACGUUGGUGUUUUCUGAUUCAACACCGAAAGAUAUGCGGCGACAUGUGAGAGCAUUGGAAGAACUGCUGCAUGAGAAAUCUACCGGCCUUAUUACGGGAAUCGAGCGAUUUAGUACUAGGAAGGUAUUGAACGAAAAUGGAACUAUCGAGGAACUUAGUGGGGCUACGGAUGUGUGGUUCUAUGCUGUGGAUCCAAAGUCGGAGAAAAUUUUGGAAAGAAAUUCAACGUCAGUGAUGAAUACAAUCUUUGCCCCAACAAUACUGUCGCAGAUUAAUUUUGAGGCUUCCAGUAUUGCACGAGCUACGGCCCAAGGUAUAUUCGGACCAGUUGAACCGAAGCAACAAAUACAAAAGGUGAAAGCUGCGGUCCUCGUGAACGAUGACGUCUUCCCGUACGCGCUCAUUGCUGUUGCUGUAGUAAUACUUGUUCUAGGAUCAAUCGGAAUUGUAUAUAUUUGCAUCUCUUGGUCCAAAUAUAAAAAUUUUAAGCAAAGAAUGCGCCAGUACAAUGCACCUGCUAGCCCAGUCCGCUAUGAUCCAGUAAUUAUAAACUCCCAAGCCCCCGCCUCAGAAAAUCAAACUAGUCUGAAAGAGUACGAAACUCAAGUUCUGGCUAUGGCUGUCCCAUUAGACGAAGGCGACGAUCUUCAGCUAGACUUCAGUGCCAAAAACCAUGCCUUUAGUUUAGACAAUGUCAGCUACAUCACGCACAAGGAAAACGGUCAACACAGUCCCACGAACUCCGACGCAACGACUGCCGUUGUCGGCACUUUACACCGCAACAACAAUAACAAUACAAAAAACAACAACAACCUCAAUAUCAACAAUCGACAGAAUACUUUGAAUCGAACGUUGGAGAUAAACCGCAAUAACUACUUGAACCCGUUGGGUUCAGUGAGCAAUGGAACACUGCCGGGGACACUAACACUUGGCCGAAUAAAGUCUGAGCGCAACAAUUACAUCAAUGGCUACGGAGACACUCUGAACCGGAAUAACCUAUCGAUGGCUCAGAACAACACCUUCAGCACACUGGGACGUAACCACCGAAACAUCAAUGCCAACAACAUCAACAAUAUGAACCACCAGCACAACCACAGCGCCAACCAUCACCACGGAUCCGAAGUGGUCACGAAUACGCUGGGAAGGAACAAUCGAUACACCGAUGUGCCAAUCAGCAAUCCACUAUUUCAUAUCCGACAAAACGGCGACUUGCAAUCUCAACCGCAGCUCAACCAUGCGAGUCCUACCAAUGAGAAUGUGACAUUCGGUAAGCGGGACUACAACCAGCUCCCAUUCUCGUACCUAAACGAUUUGGACCGAUCCGAUGCCGAAACGACAACCGAACUGUAGAACUAUUGGGAAGAAUUCGCAAAUAAUUUUUCAUUGAACAUGCUGUGGUUAACGUUCAAUUUUUUUUUAAAUAACUAUCGAGAAUCUGGUACAAUGUGUGUAAAGUUAAACUUUCAGAAGCCAUUUCGGAACGAGUAUAGGUCAACUGCCGUAGAUGUAAGUUAUUUUAUUUUUUUAAUUCGUUUUUAUGUUUUGGAUAGUACUAGGCGAUCCAUAGUUAGUUGCAAUAUUUUCUUAACCCCCCUGUUCUACGAUACUUUGUAGUACUUUUUUAUGUAAAAAGUUUAGUGGCAUUUUCUACGAUUAUUUUAUACCGAAAUCUAUGUGAUUUCCACCAAUAAAACUCUACUCAAACUUUAUAAUAAUUCCGUACAAACUAUGAUGAUAUAUUUAUAAUAAAACAUUAUACAUAAAAAUUUACUAUACACAAGUCUGGUUCUUGUAAAAAGGUAGGAAUUUUAAAACAAAUUAGAGUAGAAAAAGCUGCAACAAGCUUUUUCAUUGUACAUAUUGAGUCAUUCAAUAGCUAAGCGUAGGAUGAAGUAAAAUUAGAUGCACUAGAAGAAUAACAUUUAAUGAAAGCUAUGGGAAAAACGAUCGGCUAGAGGACGGAGACGAAUCGAGAUUUUUCCAGGAACUGAAGCUGUUUGUGUUAGACCAAUUUUAGAGUUACGCAUUUUUGCUUACCGCAACUAUAUUGUUGACAAAUACGAAUAUACGAUGGCAGUUUUAUAGCUAGGAUAAGAGAAGAUGCAUAUAUUACGAAUAAGGAUGACUUCUACUCAAUGCAUUGUAAAAAGCUGAAUACUAUGUGAAAUAAAAUCCAUCCAGAAGAGAUUAUUUAAA